UAAAGAUAAUUUAGAAUGGAAAAUCAGUCUUGAUAUGUUUAUAAAUGUAUUCAUACAUUCCUUAUAAUUAUCAUGUACUGACUAUGUAUAACUGAUUUAUGUAAGAAGCAUAUUAUUGUCUAUGGCUUAUACACCCAAGUCACAUCUAAGCGCUGUACACUUUUCGGUCAUUCUUUUGGCUCCAUUGUUAGCUUUUCGUUAGAUAGUUAACUUAGUCGUUCUAUGAUCAGGAAGCGAUUGAGAAAAAAGCAGAAAUUUGUCAGUGAAAAAGUUUUAAGCUUAUCUGAUUCUUUUAAGACAGCAAAAGAUGUUGACAUGAGCUGAUGUUGAGAAUCCAUCAGCUUGAGACUGGUGAAGGUGCAUCAUAGAGCCGUCAAAGAAGAGCUCCACCUGCAUGGCAAUGCAGAGGAAAAAGAAGUUUCGUCCAAAAUGUCUUCAACAAGUAAACCAUCUAGCCCUGAAGAUCAUGUACCUUGGCCAUGACUACACAUAUAUGCACAAGAGGAAGCGGGACACACCAUUCAACGUUAACUGUUCGAGGCCCUUAUUGAGUCCAGUAUGCACAUGUUCCAGCUGCUCAGAAAAAAAUUAGAUCUUCAUUAUAUUGAAGAGUCAGCGUGUAACAGUCGGUGUGGUCAAUAGACAAGGUGUUAGUGCAUUUUGACAGGUUGUCUCUCUUGAUGAACGCAGCAACUUGCUGUCGGGGGUCGGGGUGAAGGUGAGAGAAGGAAUGACAGCGCAUGAAAGACCUGGCGACAAGACCACGGAGAUACGGUACUGCAUCGUGCUGAACAGGAACCUGCCACGGGACAUCAGGGUGCUGGCCUGGGCGCCUAUAGACCCAGACUUCAGUGCGAGGUUCAGCAGCAGGAGAAGAACGUACAAGUAUUUCUUCCCCAAAGGAGACCUUAAUAUACUGAAGGUAAAGACAAUGUGUUGAUUGUAAGACCCGCAUCCCUACCUCAAAGAUAAAGUAUGCCCGAUGAGCCAUUGGAUAGAACACUCCCAUCUCACCUAGGCAACCUGGGUUGGUUUCACAGCCUGGGCGCAUGUGAAUCAUCAAGACCACAUACUCGCACAACCUUGUGCCAACAAAACUCAUGGAAGAAGCCGGCAAAAAUUGAUUGGCGAAUAUGACUUCCGCAACUUCUGCAAGUUCAAUGUUAAAGAUGGCAUAACAAACUAUGUUCGUUAAAUCAUGGAGGUUGAAGUCAAGACUCUAGAUGAGACUGACAAUGAAUUCACAAUGUGCGAACUCACGAUUGUCGGGAGAGCGUUCCUGUGGCAUCAGAUUCAUCUUCUCUGUGCUGUUCCUUGUGGGCAAAGGGAGGGAAUCAGUUGAAGUGGUAGAUGAACUUCUGAGCAUUGAGAAAAAUCCGCGUAAGCCACAAUAUAACAUGUCAUCUGAUGCGCCCUUGUGCUUGUAUGACGCGGACUUUGGAGGAGAAUUUGAGUGGAUUUAUGAAGCUGACUGUGACAUUGCGGCCUGGUGUGAUCUGAGUCCCCCUUUACUGAUGCAGUCUGAAUGGCUCGUAGAAGACAGGAAUCCUAAGGUGCUGAUGGAGAGACAGGGAGGCUUGACCCUUGACGAGAUGAUAGCAUCACACGAGUCGAGAAAACAGCGAUGGAGAGAAAAUGCUGAAAUUGAAGCGCGGGACGAUAGCAGUGAAGAGGAGAUGACGUCACGGAAACGUCAACGGCUUGAAAUUGAUAAGCCUAGCCACAUAGAUGAUAAGCCAUUUGGAACAUUAGAUAAACCCAAGUCCGGAGAGAAUAAGGAUCCUCACAUAAUUUAUGGAGAAAACAAUAAAGGAGAUGAUGACACUGUAAGGGACAUUGAUGGAGAAACUACUAAUAUGAAGGCUGAUAAAGAUAUUUGCGAUUCUAAAACCUCUCUUAAGGAUAAUGGGGAGGAAAACUUGGAGACUUCAGAGAAUGGUAUGAAAGGAGAAGAGAAAGUGGGAAGAAGUACACAAGAAGAGAUUGGGGAAAGCUCAGUUAUAAGUCAAACUGGGGAAUGAGUCAUUUCCUUUGAUAAUUGUCAUAAGAAAUUCUCAGUCCAAUGAUUAAUUUGAAAAAUAAGACGUUCAUCAGGAUUUUGUUGUAGAAUACAUUGAAAUUUAUUUGCAAGGAUUAUUACUAUUGAGAAUUUUGAAACAUGGAUAUAAUGGAAUCACGUUGAAAUACAAACUAAUUGAGAAAAGUUAUUUCAUUUUUAAAUUUACUGUACAUCAGGUAACGAUACUGACCAAUUGACAGAGAAUAUCUCACAACAAACAGAGGUUAAUAAUGACACAUAUUACUCGAUGACUCAUACUGCAAUAAGACAUGGACUCAAGUUGCUCAAGGUAAAGGAAAGGCAAAGUGUUAGAGAAGAACCUGGAUGAAGACUUUUACCAGUUGUAUGGUAGAAUGGUGAUAUUUGGUGAUCAUUACUCCAAUGUCAAGGCAAGUUGUUGGAAUUGAUGUGGAGAGCGUAGUGGAGAAUGUCAAGGUUAAUGGUGUUUAUGACACGGAGGUCAAUGUAUAGAGAAAGGGGCAUUGAAAGGUCAUGGCCUUAGAUGAAAAAACAAGGUCAAUGUUGUUCAACACUCUAAGGUCAAGGUCUGUUACUCAAGUCAGAGUGGAGAGAAGGUCAUGGCUUCAGAGAAAAAAAAAACAAGAUCAAGGGUUUUCAUUACGCUUAAGGUCAAGGCCAGAAUUUCAUGUUAGAGAGGAGAGAAUAGUUGAAAAGGUCAAGGCUGUGGAAAAAAGAAACCAAACAAACAAGGUUUUUAUCAGUGGAGUUGUAUAUAAUGGGUGCUAUAUGUUUGAGGUUCAUUACCGUAUGUGUGUACGGUCAAGGCCAGUAGUUUGCAUUUAACCAUGUGAGCCACUGCAGUUGGACCAAAAUCAAAUGAAUUGAACUGAUAUUCAUCAUUAAUCUGUCACAUAGAAUUGAGUUAAGCAUGUUUACCUUGUUUUCUUGUGCUCUAGAUAUAUAGAGUUAUUGAGCGUAUGUCAGGCUUUUUUGUGCUUGUGGUAAUUUUGACCACUAUUUUGGUUAAGUGCUUUCUGUGUGUAUUGGUUGCUGUUGAUUGUCUUAUUUUAGAGAGGCACUUUUUUCAGAUUUGUUAGUUCUGGUCAAUUUUACAAGGCCAUUAUUUAAUUUUUUUCGAAAGCACUGAUAAAUUGAUUAAUUCGCUAGGUUUUAUAUUUGUGGUCUGCUGUUGCAUGAAAACUAAACCCUCCCAAAAUGCAACAUCAUUGACGGUUGCUUGCAGAAAAAGAAAUAAAUCCGUUUGGUCUGCUGGAACUUACAACAGCCUUGCUGGAGGUCUUCAUUAUGUUUUUUUUUUAUCAUGAUCGUGAACUUUAUAAAAAAAUAUUUUUUUUUAAAUAUGUAAAAUGUGUUUUUUUACACAUUGUCUUCUGUUUUAUUGGUUUGUUAACUUAAUUUAUAUUUUAUGGUAUGUUGCCAUGGUAAUGGGACCAUUGUUUACACUGUAUACUUCCAUUGUUGUUGAAAAAGCAUUAGAAUAUUUGAAUAUUUAUAUUUAUACUCCUGCAAACAAAGUUUGAAGUCUGCAUUGGGUUGGUCUGUUGGGCGGAUAGUCAGUUGGCAAAAUGCUGUAGAGCGAUAUUCUCCAACAGUUUAAGAGAUAAUACCCGAUACUAUGUACUCAUUCCCACCUUGAUGGGUAAUAUUGCCUGAAGUAUUUUUAUUGGCCUGUGGCCACCACGUGUUACAUGUACAGUAACAUGCCCUAGAGUAGGAUUUUUACACUUUUGGCUACGUGAAUAUUGAGGUUUGUGGAGCGAACAACUCCCACAGUUUUAGAGGUAUUUCUCUGGCCCAAAUUUCUGGAAACUUCAUAAGUCCCUUUAAACAGGAUUAAGCUAAGCUGACUAUUUGUUGUUUUUCAAUAAUUUGCGAAAUAUUUUCUUGUUAAAAGUUUUUAAUACUUUAGACAGGAAUGAUCUUUAUGAUUGCACGGACUCGUAAUAGGUACGUGAUGAUAAUAUUAAUGUUCAAAACAUAAACGUAUGUGCCACCCCUGUCAAAGAUAUAGAUCUAUACCAUGAUUGAGAGUUACAUUAACUCCCAUAUUGGAAUGGUAACAGUAGGCGGGGCUUAACAGUUCAUUAUCUAAUAUAUGGAUCAAUAACAAUGAUAUUCACUUAUGUAGUAUCUUAGUUAUUGAAUGUUGCCUUGACAACAUGGUACCCACUUACCUCGUAUUUUGAGUACUAUUGAAAUUAUUUCAAUAGUAAUACACAGUUGUGGAUGCCAGAACUAUAACUUAAUACAGUUUUACAUAACAUAGGAAUCUUUUACACAUGUAUACAGGCUGAACAUUACUUUCUCAUUAAACAAAAGUGCGAAGUUCAUUUAUCUCUGUUUAGUUACAGAGUGAUGUUGUUAUUUAGGUAUCGUUAUUUAGUGUGUUGUGAGAGUCAUGUAUGAUGUCUGAUCUGAGACCUUACUCCGAUCCUUUCUAUGAAAUGUGUUCUAUCUUGGUAUAUAGAGAAUUUUACUAUCAAGAUAUUUUUGAAAUAGUCAUUUUUUUAAGAGCUAUUCUGUAUAUCUUGUUGAGAGAAUUUAUCUCUCAAGAUAUUACUUUCAAAAUAGUAAGAGCUACCUGCACUUCAGUUUAAGCUUUAUUAAGGAGUCUAAUACCGUUGAUGCACCUUCUUUUGUCAUAAAGUAAUUGAUAAAGUAUGUCAAUGGAAGAAAAAAAAAGUAAAAUAAAUUACAUUCUUAAGCUUUCACUGUGUAGAAAAAUUGACGAAUGCAAAUCAAAAAGUUCUGUUUGAAUUACUUACCAACGGUUUAGUUUUUAAUUUUUAAAUGUUUUUUUUUAGUUCGUAAUAUGACAGAUGACAUAGAUUGUAUUAAUAUACAUGGAAUAAAUUGUGUCAGUUUCAGUUUUUCACUACAUACUUGACAAAGUAUUUAGAUUUUACCCACUUUUUAUCACUGUUUUUCGCUUGUGUAUUUGUCUAUCUUAGUAUAUUAUGUACAGUAAAAACGGUAAAGGAGUGAAGCUGUACAUUAUACUACAUUUUAUGUAUGAGUGUAUUAUCGUCUUGCUUGGUCAAAGGGUACAUCUGAAUGUAGAUAUUUUGUGUUGUGGACGUGUUGCUAAUGUUGAAUAUUGCCAUGGAGGUCUUCGUCAUUCCAAAUAUACAUUUUCAGAUCACGUUGUAUUAACAUGUUAUGUAUACAUUAAUUAAGGUACUCAGCAUGACAUGGUCUCGCAGUAUUCAAGUUCAGGUAAGCCAUCCAUCAGAUAAAAAGAAAUGAUAUAAAUUAGGCUCGGUAUGUAGAAAUUACUAUUAUUAGGUACUCUUUUCUCUCUUUUUCAUUUUUGAGAACCAGGUUUUUGUACCUAACUGACCUAUAUCAGGGUAUUCACUAUUGUAGAAAAUUUUAGAAAAACAUUAUCCAAAUUUUAAGAUGUUGACUCAGAAAAUGCACAUUAUAAGGAAUUUACAAAAAAAAACAUUAUCGUCAAAUAAAUGUAGACUUGGGAGGAAGAUAUAGGGAUGGUUGCGUUUGUGGAAACAAACAUUAUUAAAAUAAAUUAAGCCUCAAAAGGAAGACUUGUUUAUAAAUUAACAUCGAGAUAACUUCUUUUUAAUUUUAUAUUGAUGAACCAUUAUAUUAUUUUUGAUGGAUUGCAUUUUUGAAUAUCACCAUAAUAAUGCUAAAUGAUAUAGUAUAAUAAAAGGAGAUAUUAUUAGAAAACAUUAAAAUGAGACAACAAAGCAAUUUUAUUAAUUAGUUUCUGAAAUAACAUAAUGUCUACACAAAUGUUUAUACAAACAGUUUUCAAUAAAAACUUAAAUUUCUUGAACUUGAACUUUUUGUAAGUUUAAACUACAUGUAGCCUUUUGUUGCAUCUAUGUUGGAUGGAUAACCUUAAUGAACUUUGUAUGUAACUACUUGCGGUUUACUAAAUCUAUAUUAUACGUUUUGAAACAGAUUAUAAGGUAACAUGUGCCAAACAUCACAGAUAUACUUGUAUGCAUCAUACUAUUGCUUCAAGAAAUCAUUAAAUUCAAACAUUGCGGAAUGUUGUUACAAUUUAUAAAAUUCAGCAAUUUACACUUUUCCAAAAAGUUCGCCCUUAUGUUAUGGACAAAGGUUGGCCGGCUUAGUGUUUGAGAUUAUAUUUUGUCUAUUUGCCCAGCCACUGUUAAAACCUACUGAUUCACAUGAUUUAAAUCAACAAUAAUCAAAAUAAAUGUAUGGCAGAUUUGAGGAAUAAUAGCAUCCCAUUGGACAAAAUAUAAUUUCAAACACUAAUUGUUUGUUGUUACUUAAACAUCAGUUAUAAAUAGAUAUUAUAUGCUGUGCGAUGUGAAACUUACGAUAUUUACUCAAUGUGCUUUUUCAGAGAGGUGCUUUUAUAUGAUGUUUUAGAUAUUUGUAGAAGUAUUUUAUGGAUUAAAGUUAACUCACAGAAUUGUUGUUUGAGAUUUUUCAGAAAUUACCAUAUUCAAUUAUUGGUAUUUAUAGUCUAGUCAUAUAGUUUACUGUCUGUAUUGUUUGAUUGUUGGAUAUGGUGUUAUGUACAUAUUUACAUGUUUAAAUAUUUUAAAAAGAUUGUAAAACAGAAAAGCAAAGUUAUUUAGUAGAAAUGUUACAGUUUCAAUAACAUGUUUAAAAUAUAUAAGUCUGGUGAAGUGUGUUUUUUACAGAGUUUUAAAAUUUAUCCUAGCUCUGUUUACUGUAUUGAUUGAUAUUUUUAGCAUUUAAAACAUUCUAGUCCGUUUCCUUGGAUACGUCUUGUGUUUGUCAGUAACUAAUUUGGUAUUGAAUAAAACAUCAAAAUAUU